AGCAGUCGGCGCGGUGACACCAUGGCACCAGCUUUACACCAGGAGAGGAGGGGGGAGAACCAAGAUGGCCGCUCGGACGUGGAACACUUGCUGAAGGCCUGACAGCUCCCCAUCAGCCCAUCAGCCCAGCGGACCAGAGAGAGAGGUGUCCUCCCUCAAUCCAUCGGCCGUGACUGGACAGCCUGGUCAAGUCUUCUAAGACAAGGUAACCAUGGACGAUUUCAGCUCCAUUAGCCUUCUUUCCCUGGCCAUGCUGAUUGGCUGCUACGUGUCCGGAAUCAUUCCACUUGCAAUUAAUUUUUCAGAGGAACGCUUAAAACUUGUGACUGUUCUCGGUGCUGGCCUUCUCUGUGGUACUGCGCUAGCUGUCAUCAUACCAGAAGGUGUUCACGCUCUCUAUGAAGAAAUACUUGAAGCAAAGCAUCAUGAGCUGGGGGAGAUUCAGAAGGUAAAAGAAGUGGAAACAGGACCUGAAAUUGCCACUGCACAUGAGCAUGACCACUCUCAGUUGCAUGCUUAUAUCGGAGUCUCGUUGGUACUUGGCUUUGUCUUCAUGCUACUGGUAGAUCAGAUUGGCAGCUCUCACAUGCACUCUGCGGAUGAUCCAGAGGCAGCAAGAGCCGCCAGUUCUAAGAUCACUACGACCCUCGGUCUUGUGGUCCACGCUGCAGCCGACGGUGUUGCCCUGGGAGCUGCUGCUUCUACAUCUCAGACUAGUGUUCAGCUUAUUGUGUUUGUGGCCAUCAUGUUGCACAAGGCCCCGGCGGCAUUCGGUCUGGUGUCUUUCCUUAUGCAUGCUGGACUGGAGCGGAAUCGUAUACGCAAGCAUCUCCUGGUGUUUGCCUUGGCAGCUCCUGUUCUCUCAAUGCUUACAUACCUGGGCCUAAGCAAGAGCAGUAAAGAGGCCCUCUCUGAAGUAAAUGCCACAGGAGUCGCAAUGCUCUUCUCUGCUGGGACAUUCCUUUACGUGGCCACAGUCCACGUUCUCCCUGAGGUGGGAGGCAUGGGACACAGUCACAAACCAGAAGGUGGUGCUGCAAAGGGACUGAGUCGUUUGGAGGUGGCAGCUUUGGUUUUUGGCUGUUUAAUACCACUGGUCUUAUCGAUAGGACAUCAACACUGAAAUAAAUAAAAUAAAUUUAAAAAAGGAAAAAAAUGGACAAAGUGCCAACGUGUUUCAGAACUUCUAAUUAAACAGGAAAGAUCUGUCGAUCUGAGGACGUCUUAAUGGAAAUCCCAGUGUCUUGAAACUUGCAUUAUAUAUUGUGUAGUGAAAAAUGAUGGUUGCUGAAAAAUGAUGGUUCCUAGUGGGUUCGUUUUUAAUUGUUUUUGCUGUACUGUGGCAGCCAGACUUUCAAUUUUGUACAUAUUUUUUAAACGCUUGUCUUGCUGUUUUAGCUGCCUGUAGGGUGAUUAUUUCUUGUAUAAGGGGGAAUAGCCUGGGUUGUAGAUCAACCAAAGCCAACCAUGCGACAGAUAGGACAUAGUGAUGACCUUCUCCGUUAAUGUUUAGAAAGCUCUAACAUCAUAAAGUACAUAUGAAACAUAGUCAUUUAAAUGUGGAUUUAAUGUUUUCCCUCCAAAUGUAAUACUUGAGUUGCUUUUUACCUGUUAAAAAAAAAAAAAACCUGCUACAAUCAUGUAAUAAUUCUACAAUUGUGGACCAAAAUAUAUAUCGUUACUACCAGCUAGGUAAAAACUACCUUUCUGGUAAAUCCAUAUAGAGCAGACAUAAGUGAAGUGAUCCUCUGGGUAAAUUCUUGCCCCAAAUGUAUGUGACAUUAUUGAUAUGGCUUUGUACAGCUAUUUAGUACUAGCUUCCGGUACGGUCCUGCACACAGUGAUUUAUUACUGGACCUCCACAAUCCUACACAUUCUUUUGUACCUUACUGUUCUUAUUGAGAUAGUGAAGAAAAAAUCACAUGCAUUUGGUGCAAUGGCUAGGGACAUCCUAUAGGCAGCUUUACAUUUACAGUGAGUUACUUUGUCUUUUCUGGACAUUUCUUUGUUUUAGACUUUAUUUUAUGAUUGACAUCCUGGUAAUAAUGAAUACGUGCAUUUCUCUGUACCCAUCAACUUCUGUAAAACGUGACUGUUUAACACAAGCAGUCAUUAAUGAUAAUUGCUUUGUGUGAUUUAUUUUUUCCAGUUAUUUAGUAGCUCUGUAAUUUGAAAUUAUCCGUAGAAUGACCAAGUUUUAAAAUUGAUCACGUGGGUUCGCAAGGAAUUUAGGGUUUUACCGCAGUAUUUCAUCAGAAGAACAGCUCCAUCAGCUUCUGAUGUGUGCAUCCUCAGGAUGCAUUUAAAGUACAUGACACAGCUUUAGGUUCUGGGAUUUGGCUUGGUGUCCAUAUCAUGUUAUGGUAUUCGAGCACGCACAUCCACCUUUUAUACAAAUUUUUCAUUUUUAAUAUUUUCAAUCCCUUCCGUUUUAUUUCACUGGCUGUGUCAGGAGGAACAGUUGUACUUUUACAGUGUUUUUCUUAUCGAAACAAUGGACAUUUCUGUGACAGAGAAUUUUAAACCCGGGCCUAGACACCAACUUCAUAGUGCUGUGGAAAUACAAGUGUCUCAGUGGAAUGAUACAUUCAAUGUUUUUUGUCUUUGUACCCCUUCUCUUGAGAAUUGUUUAGUGAUGUGCAAUAUUCAUAGUUUCUCCACCUGUUGUCUCUCUUGUAUGGAAGGACGUGAACUGGGGCUAUAAGCCAUACUUUAAAAGCUACAAAUACCUUUUGUAAAUAAAUGAAAAUCCGUAUUACGCAGGUGUAAGCCCAAA